CGUGGCCUUGUGUUGCCCCGCCCCGCUGGCUCCCGGAAGAGACUUCGGGCCAGGGCGGCCGGCCGCUGCGGGCUCGGGCACGGGGGCGUGUGCCCGGUGGCUGCCCGCAGGCCCCCCGGGCGCCCUCUGCUCUGCCGGCGUGACCAUGGCGCCAUGGCGAUGGCUGGGCGGCUGCUUCCUGCUGUCAGCAUUAGGAAUGGUACCCCCUCCUGAAACUGUCAGAAUACAUUCAGUUAAUUUCAAGAACAUUCUACAAUGGGAGCCGCCUGCUUUUCCCAAAGGGAACCUGACCUUCACAGCUCAGUACCAAAGUUAUAGGAAAUUCCAAGAUAUGUGCACAAGUACUUCCUUGAAGGAAUGUGAUUUCUCAAGUCUUUCCAAGUAUGGUGACCACACCUUGAGAGUCAGGGCUGAAUUCGCCAGCGAGCAUUCAGACUGGGUAAACAUCACCUUCUGUCCUGUGGAUGACACCAUUCUUGGGCCUCCUGGAAUGCAAGUAGAAGCACUUGCUAAUUCUUUACAUAUGCGUUUCUUAGCCCCAAAUAUUGAGAAUGAACCUGAAACAUGGACCAUGAGGAAUAUUUACAACUCAUGGGCUUAUAAUGUACAAUAUUGGAAAAACGGCUCUGAUGAAAAGUGUUCAAUUACUUGUCAAUAUGACUUCGAGGUGCUCAGAAAUCUGGAGCCAUGGACAACUUACUGUGUUCAAGUUCAAGGGUUUCUUCCUGAUCGGAACAAAACUGGAGAAUGGAGUGAGCCUGUCUGUGAGCAAACAGCCAAGGCCGAAACCACCCCCUCCUGGGUGGCCAUCGUGGUCCUUGCAGGCUCAGUGUGCCUGGCCUUACUGUUUCUCCUUGGCUGCUUCGCCUUGCUGUGGUGCGUCUACAAGAAGACCAAGUCCGCCUUCUCCCCCGGGACUUCGCUUCCACAGCACCUGAAAGAGUUUUUGGGCUGCCCUCAACACAGCCGGCUUCUGGUUUUCUCCUUCCCGCUCUCUGAUGAGCAUGAAGUUUUUGACAAACUGAGCGUCAUUACACAAGCGUCUGAAAGCAGCAGGCAGAACCCCGGCGAUGGCCGCAGCCCCAGGACCCCGUCUGGGCAGGGCCCCGUCGAGCUGGCCUCCAAGGAGGACGCGCACUCAGCUGGGUACGGGGACACGCUGCUUCUCCUGUCUGCCUCUGCUGGCGAUCAGGGCAGCAGUCGAGGGCCGGGCGCACCUGAGCAAACCUCAGAUCUGGAACUCUCAGACUCGCAUGACAUCUAAACCACCAAAGAGCUACAUGUUACAGGCUCACGUGGCAAAAAUAAUCCAUUUUGGGAACUUGCUGCUCUAUAAAGACUCUAAUAAUAAAAAAGAAAAAAAUAACUGGCUAUUGACAGUGUAAUUUUUAGCAUCUUAUGUUCACUACUAAUUAGUAACACGUUUUAAUGGUGAGAAACAAAAACAUUUAAAAGGAAUAAAAACUGAGAUGCAUAAAAACAGACCAGACUGCCAAGAGACUAAUCCAAAAACCACCUCAUCUCAAAAGUGGUCAACAGACGCCAUCCAAAGUGCAGGCUUUGGGUUCUCAGGGGCACUUCCACUGGACUUACUUUUCUACCUGUACGUGUUUGUUGUACUAGUGGUGCUCUAUUAAAGUUUUAUUCUCUA